CCGGACGAGGGGUUACCGCGCGAUCGUUGAAUCGGCGAUCACGAUUGGAGCAGAAUGACGUCACUGCGAGCCGCUGGCCAAUGAGAACGCGCGACACGUUAUCUCCAGUGAAAUACUUUCACGUCGCCACUGCGGUACCGCACCCGCUCGCAGUACUUCACUGAUCGUUCGACAACACUGAAUUUGUUCGCGUCUAGUCAAUCAUUCUAUAGCACCGGUCCAUCCACAAAUAGUUCGCCAACAAAGCAUCUCUAAACAGCCGACGAUAACCACGGGCAAACAUAAUAAUAAUAUUAUUAUUAUUGUUUUGAAAUAUUUUUUCCCCCGGUUUUACACACGAAUAUAACGUUUUUUUCAAAGUUAAAUUCUUUUUUUCCCUCCCACGCACACACGUUUCACCGAUUUGCGUCGCAAUUUGCAUGCAAUUCAGGUAAGCCAUACUUUAUACGGGUAUAUUAUUACUUAUUCUAUUUUUUGGUAGAUACCUAUAAUAAAAUUACUUGUAGUUAAAUGAUACGUUUUGAAAACCGUACUUUCCUAAAGCGGAGUGGCACUCCAAGUAUCUUAUAUUAAUGAUUAUUGUACUCGACAGAAUUUGUCGCGGCUUAGUGGCACUCCACCGACGAUAGUCGUUAUCUAUUUAAUGUUUCUGAAGUCAAUUCUUGUCAUAAGUACAUUAAAAUAUCGUAUGUGCGUUUCGUUUUGUGUUUUAUUACCAAAAUAAACUUACGGUAAUAAUAUUUUUAAGACUAAUGUGUGGGAGUGGGACUAUGGACUUUGCUAUGUUAAAUGAUCGAAGGUGAACCUAUAAAAGAUAAUGAUUUAAAACUGUUUAUUUGAACGUAAUCAAUAGUGUGACGGAAGUUGGGUAUUUUACACAAAAACUUACUAAUAUGCUGAUGUGUUAAAGAUAAUAUUAUGAUAAAUAUCCUUGAAACUAAUUUCAAGGCCAAAAUUAAAUUAUACAUCUAAGCAUUUUUGGAUGACAAGACUAUUAUGUAAUUUUUAGAUUUAUGAAAGAUAAUGAAAUAAUUUGUUUAUGGCGUUUUUUAAUAAUAUUUGAUUACAGUAUAAGUGAUUUGUACUUCUAGAUUUUUAAACUUUUUGCUAAUAUCAAUGUUUAUGAAUUAUGAACAGAUAAAAAGAUACUUAUAAUGAUUGAUUUGUUUUGGAUUUCAGUUAAACUUAAAAAUCUUGUUGUUUUACACUAAUGAAGUAGAUAUUUAAUCUAUAUUAUUAUAAUUUGUUAUCAAAAAUUAAUUAGUAUACACAUUUAUUAGUUACUGUUUCUCUAUAUAACAGGCACAAUAUAGUUAAAUUUCUAUUUUACUGGGUAGAUUAAAUUUAAAUGUUACACAUUGAAAACCUAAUAUUAUUUUUUAGGGGCCCACAUUUUAAUUGUCUUUUUGUAUAAUUCAAUAAAAUAGUUAGCUAUCUAAGGAUUUAACUAUGAUAUUUGUGUUCAGAAUUUUAACUUAAUUUCCUACCCAUCAGAAUAAUAUUUUCUUUGUGGUGUAAUCUUACUCUGUUGUCUAUUGGAUAGGUGGAGAGUGUAAUGGACAUAAUGGUAUAGGUAUAAUAUUGAUGUAAAAUAGUAUAAAUAGAUGACUAGGUAUUUUUCAAAUUCUGAAAUUAUUAAGUUUUAUUUAUUGGGCAUAAUAUUAUAAUAUAUAACCUGUACAAUAUAGGCCCAUAGAUAAUAUUAUUAUAUAGAUAUAUUGGUUUUUUAAGAGUACGGUUUUGAGAUAAUGUGAAUUUAAUUAUAAAUUGUAAUUGUAUUGUUUAUAGGUGAACUUUAACUACCGUCUCCUGUAAAAGGGAGGUAAUACUGUUGUGAAUCGAAACCACCAUUACUUUUGUAAGCACCAAAGCUAAUCCAAAAGUAAGUAUUAAUUAAACAUUUUUACUUUUUAUAAAUAGAUGCAUAAAUAUUAAUAAUUUUUUAAGACCAAGCCACCAUGUUCUACUGCAUCCAAAACUGUGUCGUCUUUAUGUCCUGUCGAGAAAACCGGCACCCCACACGUGAACAACCAAACAAUUUCAUCGUCAACACUUCAACCGGUCUUGGCUAUCAAUUUAAGUUCACUAAUGUCCGAUGCACCCAUCAAAAUGGAGGGCUUAGUGGAUGAAUUUUUAAACAUGUGUGCAAACGGUAAUAAAAUACAUUUUACUUGUUGUUUGUAAUCAGUUUGAUAACUAACACAUUAUGAUUAAGUACGACCUGCCUUAAAUGGCUUAUUAGUAUUGCUUAUUUUUUUAACCUUUUUCCUAGAUAUUAACAAUUUCUUAAUAAUUCAUGACAACUAUAUACAAUUUGUAUUUAAUAAUGUUUAAUACAUUUUGUAGAAAAAAAUAAAUGCGAUAGACAAGCACUCGGGAUUACAAAUUCAAGUAACAGCACUAAUGACAUAACAAUGUACAGAGAAGAUGAGCCAUAUUUAGACAUGUUUCAAAUGGUGGACGCGCCAGUAGCGCCUUUCCCGACAACACAAAAUGUUUUCACAAUCAAUGACGACUUUCAGAAGAUUACCGAACUAGAGGUCAAACCAACUGUUCUUUCAGAGAAUACAGCUUUUAAACAGCCAAUAUCGACAAGAAAAAACUCAACACUGAAAUUAGAUGUAGGGUUAAAACCAGUUCUGUCAACAAGUUAUGGCGACAUAUUAAAUACACCAGAAGUAGUAAAAACUUUGACAGAACAAGAAUCUUCUUUUAAUCUUUUAGCUUAUGUUUGUGAUGUAAGUUUACUAUAAAAUCAGAUUUACAAAUGUUUCUAUAUUUACUUUUUUUUUUUUUAGGAUAAAAAUCCAGACAAUCUAGCCGAAAUUCCUACACCCAAGAAUGUAACAAAUGUUUCACCUACCUCUCAGUGGUCUCGAAAACGACGCAGUAGUAAUUCGUCAGCUUCUGUUCAAACUGACGAUGACGAUUAUCCAAAGCAUAGGAAGCCUAAUGAAGAUUAUCAUUCAUCAGAUGACAAAUAUAGACAACUGAGAGAUCGUAAUAAUGAAGCUUCACGCAAGUCUAGGGCCACAAGAAAAGCUAGAGAGAAUGAGCUGAACAGCAGUUUCAGUCAACUGGAAGCAAUCAACAGAAGGUUGACAAUCAAAGCGGAAGAAUUGGAAAAAAUGGUCAAUGAUAUGAGACAAGCUUUACUAAAAAUUAUGACAAAGAAUAAAUAAUAUUUAUUAAAAAAUUAAAAAAAAUGUAACCCUCCUUAUUAUGCUUAUAUAAAUAAAAACAAAUCUCAUCAGGCUCAUAGUACAGUUAUAUAAUAUACCCUGUGUGCUUAUUUUGUAAACAUAGCAAAAAAAAAAAAAAUUAAUAAAUAAUAAUUCCAAACAGUAAAUAAGUUAUUAUUAUUAUUAUUUAUUUAUUAUUUACACAAUUAAGUUUUGGAUUACAGUAGUAUUAAUUUAUGUUAUAAUUUUUAAAUUUAAAUAUUUUUUUAUUACUGCAUCUUAGCAUUAUAGCAAAUAUAAGUUGAAUUUUGA